AUUCCAUUCCACCUUGGUUUUCUUUCAAGCUAAGGCCAUAGAUUGGAGGAUUCUAUAUGAGAAUGAAGAUGGCUUUUACUUUUGGUGCACAAGGAUUCAUUCUUCUUGCAAUUGCAGCCUCUUUCUUGGUAGUUGGUGAGGCUAGAACCAUUGUUGUCGGAGGCUCAGAAGGCUGGCGUUUUGGCUUCAACUACACAGAUUGGGCUCUCAAAACAAGUCCUUUCUACCUGAACGAUAAAUUAGUAUUCAAAUACGCACCCCCAAGUGACAACUCUGUUGCUCCAAAUGUUUACCUACUACCAAAUGUAUUGAGCUAUAUGGCAUGUAACUUCAGCAGUGCGAAGCUGCUGGCAACCGAAACACAAGGAAAUGGUAAAGGUUUUGAGUUUGUGCUGAACCGCUGGAGGCCUGCAUACUUCGCUUCUACUGCGGAGGAUGGCAGUCACUGCAGUGAGGGGCAGAUGAAAUUCUUUGCUAUUCCAUGGCCGCGUCCGAAUUAAUUAGUUAUCAUCGAGGGCUUGAAAAAGACGCAGGCAGUGCUUGCUAUUUGCUAUUCAUUUGGUUUACUUGUAGGGUACAGAAACAUUCAAUCAUGUUUGCAUGAUUAAAAGGGUUUGUUCCCAAUUACUUUGUUUUGGUUUAAGUUUCGUACACUUCAUGGCUUUUAGGAAAACAAGUGUGUGAGGAAUAUUUGUGUUUCUUCUUGAUAUAUCAGCAUGAAUUAAAUAAAACAGCCUUUGUUUU